CGAGAAGGAAAGAUAAUGCAGGUGGGCCGAUUUGGUCGCCAGAUAAAUUGCAAAUUAUCCCGCUUAUCUGGAAUAAUCGGAUAUAUUGUAGUUUUAAAAGUUCUAGUCCUGAAAGUUUUUAUAUUUUAACACAAUGGGAGUGACGCUGGAGAGAGUGCAGAACAAGUUUGCCUGUAUUAUUGGAGAACUCUGCAGUGAGCCUGUCAUCUUGUCACAGUUUGCAAUAUGGGUGGACCUGAGGAUAGCAGAGUACAAGGCGAAAGGAGCUAUAUCAUUAGAAUGCUCAGGGGAAGAUCCUGAUCCAGUCUGGUUAAAAGGUCACAAACCAGCUCCACCUACAGUGAAUAGGGACACAACUCCCAUCCACCACCAUGGCCGGAGGAUGGGAGACAACUCUAUCCAAAGGCCACACAGCGAUUCAUUAUCUCACCCUAUUCUUUCACAUUUGGACCAGUCGGAAGAGGUGGCAGCCAGGCUGUCGCCUGACAUUGUUGUGAUAAAGGAGGAGCCUCAGGAAGAUGAGUCGGUUUUCCCUGUGAGUUUGCAUAGGCACGACGAUUCCACUGUUUCAAGGAACACUCCUAGAAAAAGGACUUCAGAAUCCGUCGGUCCGUCCGACGGGAGUCAUUCACCCUCCAAGCUCAGAAAAGUUUCAUCAUCCUCUUCAUCACCAGCAUUACACAUAGAGCCUGUCAACCAGAGCCUCAUGUCCAUAAUCAGUGAAAGCGCUUUGGAGGAGUCUGGCGACUCCAGCGCAAACUUUACAUUAGACUAUAGCAGCCUUGACCCGAGCAACGAGGAAAAUGCUGCAUCAUUGUUUCAGUCCCAGCCUGUGCCCUCCACCUCAAGCGGAGACUCGGCUGAUCAGCAGGAUAGCAGCAGCACAGAUAUUUCGGUUGCCCGAUCCUCCGGUACCCUAACUAGUGAGGGUCGAGUUCCCAGAAGACCCUCACGCUGGCUGCCCGACCGGACGGGGAGAGAGCUGCCCGAGGGGCUUCACAUGUCCCGUAUCAAGGCGCGAGUGGUCGUGGGUGAGCGCAAACCCUCUCAGACAAUCACCGACAUUUCUACCGCCGUGCGAACGAUGGAACGGUGGUUGUUCCAUAAGUAUGGCAUCCAUCUAAAGCUAGAGGAACUCGCACCUUCGGAUUUGGACACGCACUUAUCUGAAAUUUACUACGACCUUCGGAAACAGGACGGGAGCUUUUACGACGCAGGGUACUUGAUGAAGUUUCGCUCCUACAUCGAGCGCUUUCUCCGAGAACACGACUACCCCCUAUCUAUAACACGCUCAAAUGAGUUUUCCAAAAGCCGUUUGGCGUUUUCUAAGAGGAAACAGGAGCUUCUCAGGAACAAUGCCAGAGAUGAACAUUGUCCAUGAACCGGCAUUUUUCAUUAGAUUCCAUACCCUUCGAUACGCUUUUUUAAAAAAAAGAAUGUGCACCCUACCCUUUUUGUCAUAGUAUUGACAUAUAAGCUGUGGACAUUGUCACCCAGACUCAUUUUUGAGAAUUUUACACUGCGCCCUGUCCCUUCUGAUUUUUUCCUAGGCGUCUGAACACGCAUGCAUACCACAUGAAAUCGCUUCAAUUCAGCUAUGAAAUUAAACCUUACAUGCGUAUUUAGAGCUUUUCUCUGAUGGCAUUUGAACUUGAGUUAUCAAGAACAGCUCCUCUUGUUUAUUACUUAUACGUUCAAGCACGACAUAGUUAUACAGCUCAUUAUGCUAACAAUUUACACACUGAAUGUAUACAAUGUUUUAGACAGUGGCUAAGUUCGAGUGAAGCCAAGACAAGGUAUUGGCUACUGAUUGUGUUAAUGGAUCCUCCGUGGCAUGGCCGAGGUGGUUAGCGCCCCAGUGCUGCGCAAUGUCCCAGGAGCCUCUCUCCUGUGGCCAUGGGUUUCCCCCUGGCUCUGUCUGGGUUCAUCUCACCAAAGCGCUGGACGCCGUCGUAUAAGUGAAAUAUUCUUGAGUAUGGCGUUAAACAACAGUAAAAUAAUAACUGACUGCGUUGAAUGCUUUGUUCGGAUUCAUAUGAUAAUGAUGUAGGAACACUGCUGGACUUUAAAGCUUUAUUUGUCAAAGGCAACAUGUAAAAAAAAAAGGAAAAGCAGUGUACUGAAUCUUCCGAUCAAAAAUGCUUGUCCUCUAAGAAAUUUACACCCGCCUGAUCGUACCAUUCCAACUGGAUACUCACUCUGGCUAAACCGUUGUUUUGGGGUGGUUUCAGUGUCUCUAUGCUAAGACAUCCUAUAUUCUGGUGAAAUGAUCGUGCCAAUGGGACCAUCAGAUUUCAAAGACUGGCUAAUUAUAUCGGUGUCCACAUAUGGUACUUACUAUCAGACAUGAUUUCAUUAAACACGAUUCAGGGCUCCACUACAUUUCGUCAGUAAAAUUUCCAUACACUGACUACUCAUUAUGUAUGUAGCAAACUCUCAUUGUAGUACUAAAAGUUAUUUUAACGCUUAAUCAUUUGUCCGCUGCAGUUACAUAUAUGUAUUGGACAUCGUGCCCUGAUGUUUUAUAUGUAUAUCUAUGUUUUUUAUUCACUACCUGCUUUUUAAAGUCAUGCCUUCGCUUAUACCUUCAGAUGUGUGCAAUAAGUCUGACGAUAAUAAACACCCGUUUAUUUUCAAAUAUCACUUGUAUGGGUUAAUCGUCGAAUUGUGCCAAAGUUCCACUGUCUGGAUAAGCUUGAUUUAGUAGAUUAAAGUGAAGACCCCUAUUUUUUUCUUUGCAGAUACCGUUGAAAGGUUAUUAUUGUCGAUUUAGCUGUAUCGAAGCAUAAUUAGUUUAGCCUCACUCUGAAAUUUUCCAGCUAUGCACAACAUUUAGAAAUUACGGUGUUGUUUACAAGCAUCUUAUCCAGUACCAACAAUUAACUCGUGUGAAUAUACUAUUUGAUGCCGGGCAGUGACGUUGCCCUGCUGCUUAUUUCCAAGCUUGCUGGAAUGAUUCCCUCUGGGAACUUGUGGUAAAAUUGUGGUGUCAUAUGCAGGACUUUCAAAAUCCAGACUGUUUAUUGUGAUGCUAUUAUU